CCGCCCUUGCCCCUGCUGCCGCUGCCGUCGCCGCCGCCGCCGCUGUCCGGACGUCUGCCGCCUUCCUCGGGGCCUGGUUUCAAUGUGAACUGUAUUAGCAGAAAAAAGUUCUUUGAAAAAUUAUUGACAAAGAAUCUACAUUUGAUUUCACUUGAACAGGAAGAAGAACCUUGCCAUCUGCUGAGCUAGGGCGAGGAUCCUCCUCCUAACCUGGGCUUCCUGUCAUGGAUGAAGAGACACAGCACAGCCUUGAAUGCAUCCAGGCCAAUCAAAUCUUUCCCAGGAAGCAAUUGAUUCGAGAGGAUGAGAAUCUUCAGGUUCCUUUCCUAGAACUUCACGGCGAGAGCACAGAGUUCGUGGGCCGGGCUGAGGAUGCUGUCAUCGCACUGUCUAAUUACAGGCUGCACAUCAAGUUCACGGAGUCUCUCGUUAACGUUCCAUUACAGCUUAUAGAGAGUGUUGAAUGCCGAGAUAUAUUUCAACUUCAUUUGACUUGCAAAGACUGCAAAGUUAUCAGGUGUCAGUUCUCAACCUUUGAGCAGUGUCAGGAGUGGCUCAAGAGACUGAACAAUGCGAUCCGGCCUCCUUCCAAGAUAGAAGAUCUCUUCUCGUUUGCAUACCAUGCUUGGUGCAUGGAGGUCUAUGCCAGUGAGAAGGAGCAGCAUGGGGAUCUGUGCCGACCAGGGGAGCACGUCACAGCAAGAUUUAAAAAUGAAGUGGAGCGGAUGGGUUUUGAUAUGAACAAUGCCUGGAGGAUCUCCAACAUCAAUGAGAAGUACAAGCUGUGUGGCAGCUACCCACAGGAGCUCAUUGUACCGGCCUGGAUUACCGACAAGGAGCUUGAGAGUGUUGCCAGCUUCAGGUCCUGGAAGCGCAUCCCUGCCGUCGUCUACAGGCACCAAAGUAACGGGGCGGUCAUUGCCCGCUGUGGGCAGCCCGAGGUCAGCUGGUGGGGCUGGCGGAACGCAGACGACGAGCACCUCGUGCAGUCCGUGGCCAAAGCCUGUGCCUCUGACUCCAGGUCAAGCAGCGGCAAGAUACUCAAUGGAAAUUGCACUAGGGAGUUCUCCAAUGGAGGUGACCUUUCGGACGUGGAAUUUGAUUCUUCCCUGUCAAAUGCUUCUGGAGCAGAGAGCUUAGCUAUCCAGCCUCAAAAGCUUUUAAUCCUGGAUGCGCGUUCCUAUGCGGCAGCUGUGGCUAACCGAGCCAAAGGGGGUGGCUGCGAAUGCCCAGAGUACUAUCCCAACUGCGAAGUGGUUUUCAUGGGGAUAAACAUUAAAUUAGGAAACUUUCAGUCCCUGAUCUUGCUCUGCCCCUGCCCUGGGGAUUGGCUUUCUGCUCUCGAGAGUACCAAGUGGCUGCAGCAUUUAUCGGUGCUGCUGAAGUCGGCCCUGCUGGUCGUCCACGCCGUGGACCGCGAUCAGCGGCCAGUGUUGGUGCAUUGCUCCGAUGGCUGGGACCGUACACCGCAGAUCGUGGCACUGUCCAAACUCCUGCUUGACCCCUACUAUCGAACCAUAGAGGGCUUCCAAGUGCUCGUAGAGAUGGAAUGGCUUGAUUUUGGCCAUAAGUUUGCCGAUCGCUGUGGCCAUGGGGAAAACUCGGAUGAUCUGAACGAACGUUGCCCCGUGUUUCUGCAGUGGCUGGACUGUGUCCACCAGCUCCAGAGGCAGUUCCCUUGCUCUUUUGAGUUCAAUGAAGCAUUCCUUGUCAAGUUGGUACAACACACCUACUCUUGCCUCUUUGGAACAUUCCUGUGCAACAAUGCGAAGGAGAGAGGAGAAAAACACACUCAGGAACGGACCUGCUCUGUCUGGUCUCUGCUUCGGGCAGCCAACAAGGCCUUCAAGAACCUGCUCUAUUCUUCUCAGUCAGAAACUGUGCUAUAUCCAGUGUGCCAUGUACGAAACCUAAUGCUCUGGAGUGCCGUGUACCUCCCGUGUCCCUCCCCUUCCACCCCGGCCGAUGACACCUGUGCUCCAUACCCAGUCCCCGGUGCCAGUCCUGAAGAUCAGCCUCUGAGUAGGCUACCAAAGACGCGGUCGUUUGACAACCUGACCACAGUCUGCGACAGCGGCGUACCCCCGACCAGCCGGCGCAGCAGUGACCCCAGCCUCAAUGAGCGGUGGCAGGAACAUCGGCGCUCCCUGGAGCUGAGCGGUCUGGGCGGCCCGGGCGAGGAGCCCUGUGACGGGGACACUUUGGGCAGACAGGCCAAGGCCUUGGGGGGGGCCGAGCUCUCAGUCGCCGCUGGGGUGGCAGAAGGGCAGAUGGAGAACAUCCUUCAGGAGGCCACUAAAGAGGACGGGGGUCUGGAGGAGACCCCCCUGCGGAGCAGCACCGAUGUGGUGGAGGCCAAAGAGGAGGCUCCCCUGAAUGAGAAGAGCCAGCAGGAGGACACUGAGCGCCCUGAAAAACCAGAGCCAGCUCUGGAGGACCUGACAGCUGCUCCAGGAAACAGUGCUCAUCCGCUUCUGGCGGGUUUUCCGGGAUACCCUGACGAACCCGAGCUGCCGAGUCAUGCCCAGGAUCCCCCUCAGAGCGACAGCCUGGAGGAGGCUUCUGUGGAAGAGCCAGGGAGCAGCUGUGUUCCCAGAGACAUGAGUGCGGACAGCCAUCAAGCCCCACUGUACCCUGAGGCUUCCUACGGCCCCUCCUUGUCCACAGUUAUCCCCUUGGGAGUGAGAACACCCACAGUGGAAAGUUCUGUGGAAGCCCUGACCGAAGUGGGGGCUAAAGUCGAUCAGCUCCCCCAAGGGGCUGGUCACAGACCUUGCCUCAUGGACAGUGGGGAUGAUGAACAUUCUCGAGCUGAUGGGGAGCGCCUGGUGGACAGGGCCAGGGCAGGAUCAAAAGUAGCCAGGACUUCAUACAGCCCAAUGCCUUCUUCCUGUGCCUUGCCCUUAGCCGAAUGUAAAGAGGAGAUUGUCUGUAACGGAGCCCGGGAGACAGAGAACAAGGCCACGGAGAAGCCCGGCGGGCCCACAGUGCCCCAGAGAUACCCCGCCCCGAAUGGACACUGUCUGGAGGGAGAGCGUGGUCGGGUCAAAGGGCCCUGGAGCCGCCGCAUGUCUGCCGCGAGCGGCGGCUCUGUCCAGAUCCCCUUGCGGAGCGUGCACCCCAAGUGGUCGCCGGGCCAGCCUGGCAGGCAGCUGGCGGCCGGCAGUCCGGAACAGCCCGCUCGCAGUCACCUGGACGAUGAUGGCAUGCCCGUCUACACAGACGCCAUCCAGCAGCGCUUGCGCCAGAUAGAAACAGGCCACCAGCAGGAAGUGGAGACCUUGAAGAAGCAGGUGCAGGAGCUCAGAAGCCGCCUGGAGAGUCAGUACCUGAACAGUUCCCUGCGCUUCAAUGGGGACUUUGGGGAUGAAGUGACCUCAAUCCCCGACUCGGAAAGCAAUGUGGAUCAGAGCUGCUUGUCUUGCUGCAGCACAGAGAUUUUCUCUGAAGCCAGCUGGGAGCAGGUGGAUAAACAGGACACAGAGAUGACCCGCUGGCUUCCCGACCACCUGGCUGCUCACUGCUACGGCUGCGACAGUGCCUUCUGGCUCGCCAGCAGGAAGCACCAUUGCAGGAACUGUGGGAAUGUUUUCUGCUCCAGCUGUUGCAACCAGAAGGUGCCGGUUCCCAGCCAGCAGCUAUUUGAGCCCAGUCGAGUCUGCAAGUCUUGCUAUAACAGCCUGCACCCCACGAGUUCCAGCCUUGACCUCGAACUGGACAAACCCAUCGCUGCCACUUCAAACUGAAGCUUCUGCCCGUCGGGGACGAGUGGGUCGGGGGCCGGGCCAGCUCCCCCCCUGGGUAGCCUCGCGCACACUGGGUACCCUGAGAAGGUCCUGUGGCCCACGCACUUUGGAGUGCGGGGCGGGGAUCCACCCGCCCCGAUGGACAGAACUCUAGGGCAUCUUGCUGGGGUGGAGGAUCUGUCCCCUCCCCCCUGCCUCUUCUGCCUCUCCUUCCUCUGGUUUGUGUUUGGGCUUUGGUUUUGCUAGAGAACUGGGAAGGCCCGGGAUCAGCCCCUGCUGCUCUUAGCUCCCCCGCUGUCAGUCUGUGCUGCAGAGGCACCUCGGGCCGGCAUCGGGAGAAGGGGGAGCCGAGGCCGGAACAGUCUGCAGAGCGCCCGUGCCCAUGCUUUCAAUCACUCCUCAUCCACCCCACAAGGUAGUGCUGUUUGGGGAAACCUUUGCUGCUAGAAGAAAUGGGGAGCUUGGCCCCGGGAGUCGUAAUGCCCUCUCCAUGCUUGCAGGGGGCCCCUGGGGCUGCUGGCAGGAGAGAAGGCCUAGCUUUCCCCUUUUGACUCCCUCGCCUGCAGACACAGCGAGGAUGCCUAGCGGGCGAGCAGCUUCAUCCGCUCCCCCCGGGGCUUGCUUUGUGGGGUCUCCUCGAUACUGGCCAAGCCCGCUCCCGGGCUUGUGGGAGCGGCACGAUCCGGCCGAGGGCGGUGGCUUCCCAGUGUCCACCUCCCCUCCCAGCAGGGAGCUGUCCCCUGGACUGCCCAUUCACAUGUGGCCCACACAGGGAAAUCUGGACUCAGGGUUCCAGAAGGCCCCAGCUUCCUUUCCUCUCCCCGGUACCCCCAGAAACAAUCAUGAUCUCCCCAUCAGGGUGAAAUCAGCCUCUGAAAGUACAAGCCUCCAAGAAAGGAAACCAAACUUCCCAUUCCCCUUUUCCUUUGUGAAUGGGCUGGGCUUGAGCUCUGCCAUCCACAGACGGAGGAGCCCUCCAGGGGUCUCCUGCCUGAUGCCAUUUUUGGCUUCUCAGUAACAGCAAAAUCCAUUGGGAGGAGCGGUCCUCAUAUCAGUAGGGAAACUGCCCGUGACUUGGCCAGGUGGUUUUGGGAGAGAAGGGACACGGGAAGCAGGAACAAAGGUGAAGAGAGGCUGAGCUUUGUGGGGGUGGUUUGUCUUGGUGUCCGUGUUUUGCACCCAUGGGUUCCUCUUCCCUCCAGGAAAGGAGCACCAUGCUUUCUUGGACUCAAAGCUGUAAACAGGUAACAGGGUAGAACUGUCUGGAGGAGCUCUGAGAUCAGGGCCUGUGCUGCCAGGGGCUCUGCCGGGGCCUCCGGAGGACUCUUCCCAGCCUUUAUCCCAGAAAAUGUCCAGGAGCCCCCACCCGAUCACCCGUGGGGCCUAUCUGUGGCGGGGGGGGGCCUCCGAGCCAGAACUAGGGACAGCGGGGGAGGUCGUCCGGGUCAGCCAGAGGCUACGAUACGGGUUUCUUGGGUCUGAUGUACAGUGUGAAUAAAUGCUUGCAGCUCGUAGGCCCUCCCCCUUGUUUUUGAUCAAUGAAGCACUUUUUUAUUAAUAUUAUUUUUCUUUGUAUGUAAAGGAGGAACCGUGACUCUCCAUAGCUGUACAUAUCACCCUUCUCUUACAGAGGGGACAGCGCUCCUCUGUUUCAUUUUUUUUUUUUUUUUUUUUUUUUGUCAAAGCAAGAAGUAAAUACUUUAGAAUUGUUAAAUAUAUAAAUAAAAGUGAAUAAAGUUUAGAGUUCCGCA